AAAUAAAUUAGAGGAUAUGUAUAAAAAAAGUAGUUAAAGUUUCUAGAAGAACUUGGUCGUCAAGCAAAAACUGCAACAACUCUGACGAAUACGUUGUCUGUAUAAAACCCAACCCAAAUUCUCUCUCUCUUUUAGGACUCAGUACAAAACAAAAACGUCUUGUUCUAGUUUGGAGUUGGAAGCAUUUAAAAAAAAUGUGUGGGGGAGCUAUCAUUUCUGAUUUCAUCUGGGCGAAUUCUUCGUUGGCUGAGUCAGAGCCGAGUCAAGUCGGCUCUGUUAGCAGCAGCAAGAAGCGUAAACCCGUCUCAGUUGAUGGGCAAAGAGAUGGGAAGCGAGAGAGGAAGAAUCUGUACAGAGGGAUAAGGCAGAGGCCAUGGGGCAAAUGGGCAGCGGAGAUUCGUGACCCGAGGAAAGGUGUACGUGUCUGGCUUGGCACAUUCAAAACCGCCGACGAAGCUGCUCGAGCCUACGACGUUGCAGCCAUCAGAAUCCGUGGCCGGAAAGCCAAACUGAAUUUCCCAAACACUCAAGUAGAAGAAGCCGAUACAAAACCAGGGAAUCAAAAUGAGCUGGUCUCAGGAAACCAAGUAGAGAGCUUGUCGGAGGACCUGAUGGCGUUGGAGGAUUAUAUGAGAUGCUAUCAGAUUCCGUUUGCCGACGACCAAUCGGCGACUGAUCUUGGAAAUUUAUGGAGCUAUCAAGACUCCAACUAAAUCUCUUAUUUCCUGGUUUACUUCCUUUCAAUUUACCGGCCGGUUUGCUCACCUUCCUUUUUUCCUCGUUAAUACGCUAAUCUACUUGUUUUCUAUUUAACGAUCAACUCUUAUUUGUUUCCAUCAAUAUUCCAGAGUAAAGCUUCAACAGUUCUAGUGCUUUAUAUAUAUAGUUUUGCAAGAACAAACACACUAAAUACCGUCGUUUAUAGUGUUCACCCUUUUUUUU